AUGGCGUCCAGCGCGAGCACAUACGUCGCACGCCCUGCUCGGGUCAUCGCGUCCAGCUCUCGCCGCUUCCUCGUCUCGCCGUCAGCCUCAUCAGCACGAGCGACGUUCCCCCUCCUCCCACACUCGCCCUCCCCCGCCUGGACGCCUACCCGCGCCUACAACACCGACAAGGCGCCUCAAGCACCGGCACCCGCACCACGCGAGCGCUCGCUACUGUCGAUCGCGGGCGUCGCCGCCCUCGUCCUUGGAGGCGGUGCAACCUUCCUCCUCACGCGCGACGAGCCCGCCUACCUCGCGCCCGACCGGUGGACCGACGUCAAGAUCAAGUCGGUGACGGCGCUCACGCCCGAAACGUCGCUGUUCAAGCUCGACGUGCCGCGGUCGGUCCUCCCGCCGGCCUUCACGGGCGACCCGGACGCGCGACCGAUCCUGAGCCUGUUCGUCAAGGAGCCGAGCCUCCAGAUUCAGCGAGCCUACACGGUGCGCCCCAUCCUCCCAGUCGCGGCCCUCGCGCAGACCAUGGGCUCAAAUUUUCCGCCCACGCAGCCUCUUUCCGCCUCGUCGUUCAACGAAUCGGGACCCGCCGAGCUCGACCUCGUCGUCAAGCGGUACCCAGACGGCGAGGCGUCUCGGUACAUCCAUCGUCUCGGUCCUGGCGACGAGAUGAGCGUGCGAGGGCCUUCUUGCACCUGGUACUACCGCCCGCAAGACUGGGACGAGGUCGUCUUUGUCGUCGGCGGCACCGGCGUCACGCCCGCCUACCAGCUCAUCCACGACACGCUCGCCUCCUCCUCCUCCUCCUCGGCUCCCUCGCCCACCGUCUCGGUCGUCUACGCCUCGCCCUCGCCCUCGCGCAUCCUCCUCCGCAACGAGCUCGACGCCCUGACGGCGCAGCGUCCGGGCCAGCUCAAGGUCCACUACCUCGUUGACCGGCUCGAUGCCGAUCCGCGAGCGAGCGGCGCGAGCGCGCCCGCGGGCGCCGAGGUCGGGUUCCUCGACAGCAAGGUGCUCAGCAGGCUCAUUGGGCGAGGAGGGCAGCCGGAGAAGCGGCGUGUCGUCGUCGUCUGCGGUCCAGAGGGCAUGGUCAACGCCGUCGCUGGGCCACGAGGGCGCAAUUUCUCGUCGGGACCGGUCGGCGGCGUCCUGCGAGAGCUCGGAUACCGGGACAAGGAGGUCGUCAAGCUCUAAAGCGAGCCGGCGAGGACGUGGACUCGGUAGACUCGUCGUACUCGCACUGCAUCAUAGAUCUAUCAUUGAGAUA